UUCUGUCACACUGACUCUCUUCUCUACUGACAAAAGCAAUAAAGAAUCAGCGACCAGUGAAGAACGAAGAGAAACACUUUCAAAGGGGAUUUUUUUAGACAUUUGUUUCUGAAUAGAAAGCAGAUCUUUGUGAUUCUCUUGGUGAUUAAUUUUUCAAAGCAUUGUUGUGAAACUGAAAGUAAAGUUCAGAUCGCUGGAGCUCAAACAGUGAAAAUGGCUUCACUAAAUGUAUCUGUAGAAGAGCUUUCUUGGCCUGUGUGCUGUGAAAUCUUCAAGACUCCUGUUGUUUUAUCAUGUAGCCACAGUUUCUGUAAAGAGUGUCUUCAACAGUUCUGGAGAACCAAGAAAGCUCAGGAGUGUCCUGUCUGCAGAAGAUCCUCAAAACAUGAACCUCCAGUUAAUCUUGUGUUAAAGAACUUGUGCGAGUCGUUCCUGAAGGAGAGAAAUGAGAACUGUUCAUCAGGAUCUGAGGAGAUCUGCAGUUUACACAGUGAGAAACUCAAACUCUUCUGUCUGGAGGACAAACAGCCGGUGUGUUUAAUGUGCAGAGAUUCACAACAACAUGACAAUCAUAAAUUCAGAGCCAUCAGUGAAGUGGUUUCAUCAUAUAAGGAGGAGCUCAAUACAGCACUGAAAUCAUUACAAGAGAAACUUCAACACAAUGAAACAAUGAAAGGAGAGUUUGAGAAAACAGUUCAACACAUCAAGUCUCAAGCUGAGCACACAGAGCAUCAGAUUAAACAGCAGUUUGAGAAGCUUCAUCAGUUUCUCAGAGAUGAAGAAGAAGCUACAAUCACUGCACUGAGGGAGGAAGAGGAGCAGAAGCAGCAGAUGAUGAAGGAGAAGCUGGAGGAGAUGAACAGACACAUCUCAGCUCUUUCACACACAAUCAGAGACAUGGAGGAGAUGAUGAGAGCCAGUGACGUCUGCUUUCUGAAGGAGUUUCCAGUCUCAAUGGAAAGAGUCCAGAUCUCAUCACAGCUGGAUCCACAGAUGACUUCUGGAGCUUUGAUUCAUGUGCCGCGUUAUUUGGGCAACCUGCCGUUCAGAGUCUGGAAGAAGAUGCAGGACAUCGUCCAGAAAACUCCUGUGAUUCUGGAUCCAAACACGGCUCAUAGAGAUCUCGCUCUGUCUGAUGAUCUGACCAGUGUGAGAAACUGCAGGAACAAACAACCUCCUCCUGAUAAUCCAGAGAGAUUUGACUAUUAUCACUGUGUUCUGGGUUCAGAGGGUUUUAACUCAGGAACACACUGCUGGGAUGUGGAGGUUAAACAGAGUAAAUACUGGAGACUUGGAGUAACUACAGCAUCAAACCAGAGGAAGGGAUGUGAUUGUUUUAACGCUGAUGUCUGGAGUGUGUAUCAGUAUGGACGGUCUUUGCGUUCUGGUUUUCGUGUUGAACAGUAUCUUGAGUAUGUGAGAGUGAAUCUGGACUAUGACAGAGGAACAGUGUCAUUCUCUGAUCCUGUAAAUCACACACAUCUACACACAUUCACAACCACCUUCACUCACACACUCUUCCCAUUCUUCUAUUGUUCUUCCUCUCUGAGGAUCUUAGCGAUCAAUAGUCAGUAAUCAUUACUCCUGUAGGUCUGGAUCUUUCUGCUUUCAUCUUUCAUCAUGUUUCAACAUUUAAUCACGAGUACGAGACUUGAUCUGAAUGUCAGUAUGGUUGUGAUUCAUAGUUAGUGAUCACUGAUGGAUAUUAAAUUACUGAUUAAAUGUCUAUAAAUUUCAUAUUAUCUGCAGAAGUGAAGUUAAUAUCAAGUAAUAUAAUAAUAUCAAGACAAUUAGUAAUAGAUAUUAAACAU